CAAGCAUAUAAAAUGAGUCAUAUUGUUAAUUCCUAUAAUAGGCUUAAAAUUCCCAUAAUUAGAGGGGAGGGAAUGUACCUUUUUGAUCAAGGUGGUAAGAAAUAUUUAGAUUUUGCUGCAGGAAUUGCUACAACCUCUUUAGGGCAUUGUCAUCCGUACAUUGUAGAAAAACUGAAAGAACAAUUAGAUUCACUGUGGCACUGUUCUAAUCUUCUUACUAUACCGCAACAAGCAUUACUUGCUGAGCGUUUGGUUAGCUUAACCUUUGCAGAUAAAAUUUUUUUCUAUUCUAGUGGACUUGAAGCAACUGAAGCUGCAAUCAAAUUCAUUCGCCGUUAUUUCUACAUAAAAGGCCGAAAAAAACGUAACCGUAUUAUUACAAUUGAAGGUGGAUUUCAUGGUCGCAGUAUAGCUGCAAUCUCUGCAGGAGGAAAUGAAAGAUCACGGGAAGGUUUUGCUCCCCUACUUUCUGGGUUCGAUAAAGUACCCAAGAAUAACAUUCAAGCUUUAGAAGAAAAGAUUAGUGAUGAAACGGCUGCUGUAUUUUUGGAACCCAUACAAAGCGAGGGAGGGGUGUAUUCACUGGAUGUAGAAUAUCUUCAGCAAGUAAGACAAGUUACAAAAGACCAAGGAAUCAUUUUGUGUUUUGAUGAAGUACAAUGCGGUUAUGGACGUAUUGGUUCUCUAUUUCAUUACCAAAAUAUAGGAAUUGAACCGGACAUACUCACCUGUGCAAAAGCAAUGGGUAAUGGAUUUCCCAUUGCUGCAUGUUUAACAAAAGAUUAUAUAGCAGAGGCUAUUACACCAGGGACUCAUGGAUCAACUUAUGGUGGCAAUCCACUAGCUAUGACUGUUGGUAAUGCAGUAUUAGAUAUAAUGUUGAAAGAAGGUUUUUUUACUCAUGUUCAAAAGGUAAGUAAAUAUUUAAGAAAAAAAUUGCUAUACUUGGCUGAGAAGUUUUCAAAGAAAGUUUUGGAAGUUCGUGGUGAAGGGUUGCUUAUAGGAAUAGAACUAAAAUCUCCCAUAGCUGAUAAAAUUGUUGAUCAAUGCUGUAGCAAAGGUUUAAUGUUAACCAAAAUUUUAAAUAAUAGAGUAAUUAGAGUUACUCCUCCGCUUAUCGUUAAAAAUGAACAUAUAGACAUUGCUUGUGAUAUACUUUAUGAUUCAAUUGCCUCCAAUUUUUGA